CUGAUGACGGUUACCAAGAAGGGCAUUAAGCAGGAGCUGGAACGUCGUUUCGGUGUUGCUCUUGAUGCAAGGCGAGCUUAUAUCAACUCUGCGACCGAAGCACUCUUGUCUGGCCAGCUGUAGAUAACUUGUUGUUACACCUUCUGCAUAUGAAUGAAAAAUAUAUUUCAUUAAAUCUUAUAUAUUAUAAUGCGUCGCAGCUGGCGACACGACUCUCCUGGCCUGACACUGGAGCAGAUGGGUCGGUCAGAUGGGGUUUACCAAAAAGAAUCGGAUGGAAAGGAGAGAAGAGCUCCUUGCUCUUCAGCAACGACCAACAACCGCAGCGCCAGCAGAAGAGCGCCAGCAUAAUAUAUACCGGGGAUUUGGGUUCGGGUGGGGUGGGGUAUAGUUAUAUCGUCAUUGUAUCUGAACUGAAUCCGCAAAGAAAGGGAGCGUGGAGAUAUAUGGGAAUUGGAAACAUUGGAGUUUGUAUGUUGUCUGUGCUGUAUUGCCAGUUUGUUGGAUGUUGGAUACAUUGAAGAGUAAACAUAACUUACAUUAUCAUUAUCCUCCUGGAUACCUUUCUGCACGUGUUUGCCCGCAUAGAAGGAU